UACUCGCCCGCAGAUGAUGAUGUAGAUUGUUGGUGUUUCCACCAUUUGCAGAAAAACUUGCCUCUCUGGUGGGAAAGUAUUGUGUUUAUCUUGUGGAUUAUUCUUCCAGACUGUAAAGUUUGCCAAGUUUAGGCUUGUGUUUAAGUGCAGGGAAGAGGAGAGGGAAAAUGUGUGGCUGAACCCUACUGUGAAUGGACAGUAGCUCCUUCCACAGUCGCAAUAACCUGCUCUGGAGUGCUUGCCUCUUCGCGCCAGCUAGAGAAUCUUGUUUAACAUGCUCUAAUCUCAAGAGUUCCUUCUGCUUCAUUCCUGAUACAUCUCUGAUUCCUCUGCUGUCUCCAAUUAACAUAGACUUGCUUUUGUUUUAAUAGGUAUGUCUGUCUUUGUGCGGCCUGGGUUUUUUGUUUUUGUUUUUUUAAGAUAGAUGCUCUUUGCACAUCAGGUUUGGUGGUUGCAUCCUAAAAUAGGGGAAUCCUAGGAAAAAAAAGCCCCAAGGGUCAUCAGUGUGUUCUCAAAAGCCAUUAAUGUGGAGAUAGUCAGGCAGAUUCUCUUGCUCUUGUGAAUGCCUGUAGCCUGAUAGUAUGCCGCAAAUAUGUGGACAGUGUCUCUGUUAGUUCUACUGUCCUCUUUCUGUCUGCUCUGUUAACGAUUUAUUGUUCCUCCUACAGAUCCUUCUUCAGUGACUAACCUUCUAUAAAAGUUGUGCUUAUAAAGCUGCUUUGGCUUGAAUCAGGACCCAGCCUUUUAAUUCCUUUUCUUUUUCUAAUUCUUCUUUUUUUUUUUCUUUUUCUUCUUGUGUGUGGUCUUCUAGAUUGGAGAUGUUUAGGAUGGUGUUUACCACUGGAUAGUGAAAGGGCCCAGAACUCAGCGUGUCCUUCAGAUGUUUUAAGAAUAGUGAGCUGGUAAACGCAGAUUUAGACGCAGGCUAGUUACCUAACUCAGAUUAAUGCCUUAACUUGGUCUACUUAUUGCAGCUCAGCUUUUGGGGCUUAGCAAAACUAUUUAUCAGGAGUAGCACUUGAGACCUACACCAAAACUUGAUUUUAAUUUAGAGCAGACGAAAUAGUCACUUUGCAGAGUGGUCUGUUUAGGUUCAUAGAAUACACUUGACUAUUUGUGAAUAUGCAAUAAGCAGAGAAGCUCCGCUUCUCAGAGUCUGGCCAAAGACCAGUCCUAGCGGAACAGAAAUUGGAAGAGGAAGAGCUGAUAGAUAUCAGCUGAACCUGGAUCACCAGCUGACUGUCAGUGUAUCUUUUUUGACUAAAGAACAGAAUAGAAGAUUUUGAAAUUGCUGCUUUUUUCAGGUGAGGGUUGGUUUCCAACUUCCACGCUUGUGCUGAAGUCUGCAGGAUCUCGAUACAAACUGGAAUCUGCAACAGGAUUGUUUUCUGAGCUCCUUUAUGAUAAGGAACAUAUACCAGUCUGUACAAGAGGCUGGUGAUCACCUACUUUAAAAAAAAAAGAAAAAAAAGAAAAAAAAGAAAACCUUAAAAUGGUCUUCCUGCCAAGGCGGCACUGUGUUUUGUCACUAGGAACACAGAAGCUUAGUCUUCUGGAGCAGCAGGCAAUCUUGGAGACCAGAGCGCAUGAGGAGGUACAGCUGAGGGCGCUAUCUGCUGCUGGAUUGCUCCUUGGACAAGAAGAAGAAGAAGAGCUGAGGCCUAGAGAGGGCGUCUUAUGUUGAGUCUGAUGCUAUGCUUUGACCUCUUUGGGAUCUACUGAAACACCUAAUUUUAGCAACCUUUGCAAAUCUGAGAAGUCUUCUUUUUUUUUUAGUAGUAGUUAAAAAAAAAAAACAACCCUACAGAAGUAAAUGCAAGUCCUAACUGCUAAGAAAAAUCAAAACAAAUACAUGGAAAUAGCUUUUUAGCUAUCAGAGUACUCAAUUCUGACUUUUUUCUACCUUUGUGACAAUAGCCACUGGGAUGGUCCUUGCUUUUUCCUAGAUGUAGAUCACGAGUGGCGACGAGGGUGCUUUGUGCAGGUUUUGAGGCAUUUGGAUGACUUGUUGUUUGGCUUUGUAAGGCUGCAUGUUUCAGGAGCAACUAGAUGGCCUUCUCUUUAGUGUACCUGUUUCACAUUCAGAGCUUUUAGCAUUGCACACGGUUGGCAGUGGCUUUAUGGGGGCUGUCAUAGUACUUUACUCACACGGAAGGGAGAGUGUUGUCAGAGGAUUUUGCGCCCUCUGCCAGGAGCUUGAGGAGGAGAGUAGCCAGUGUAUCCUGUCUGUCACUAGAAGCUGAGAAGUGGUGGAAAUCGUCACUUUUCUGUUUCCUUCUCCACUGGCUUCAAGCCAGGUGGGGAGCCCCAUAUGUGGAUCAGUUGUCCCCAUCACUAUUCCUGGGUGGCGUUUAUCCUUCAGUGCUGACCAGAUAGAUUGAGUCAGGAGCUGUACAAACAUCAUUCUGUCCUAGAGACCUCUUUUGAUUUUUAUCCUUUCAUUUAAUUUGACAGUCUUAGAAAAUACUGUGUUUGUGAUGAGGUGAUGAGUUCUACAGAGCCGGUUAUCUGCUGCUGCUUUGUUUUCCUACUGCCCAGCAGAAUUUCUGAAGCUGUGGGUGCCUGAUGAUUUCACCUCCAAGCGCUUAAAAACGUGCUUUGAAAACAGUGUCGCUAACGUGUUUCUUUGUGUGCUGGGAUGCUGCAUUAGACUUCUCCUGCCCGCUUACCUUGCAUGGUCGUGUGCUCAGAGUAUUUGGAUGAGGAACACGGACAUGGGAGCAGCUUUACCUGUGGAUGUAACACAGUGUGGGCUUCACGCUUACCUAUGCCCUUGGGAUAACUCGUUCCUUGUGCUUUGUGUGCUAGAAACAUGAAUACUGUAUUUUUGGAAGUAGUAUUUCUAAACAGCCUUACAAAGGAUUUUCUUUUUUAAAAAAGGUGCAAGAUUGAGUGCAUGUUUACUUGCCCCAGAUCAAAGGUUUUGAACACUAAGGUCACUAUCUGUUGAAUGGACCCUCCUCUUGGCUCUCUUCUGUCUUCAGGCAAUUGAAGCUCCUGCCCUCUUUCUCUACCAGUUUUCCUGUAAGUUAUCUUUUUUUUUUUUUUUUCCAAGAGAACUAUAUAUACAAAAAUUCUAAGCAAUGAAAUGUUCAAGCCAUAAAAUCAUGAGUGUGGGAAGACCCUCUUCACAAGUUUUAACAUAUUUGUAUGUAAACUGAUGUUUGUAUGAAAUAUUUUCAUGGUAGAAUGAAUAUUUACAAAAAAGUUCCAAUAAGAUCUAAACCAAAUUUAAAAGGAUGUCUUUUUGUAAGAUGCACGUGUAACUGAUUGCCAAUAAGUAGGUCAAUUUUUUUUAAAUGGGGGAUGCAACAAGUUAUCUUUACAAUGACAAAAUGGUCAUUUCUGCUAUUUGAGAAAGAAUAUUUAUGCAGCGUUACACAGAGCUGUCAUAAAUCAUUGCAAUAGCAAGGCCAGUCACAUCUUCAGAACAUACCUCUCAGCUUGUCCCUCUGUGGUAUGGUACAAACCCACCCAUCUCUACUUUCUGCUGAUUUCCUCCUAUAAAAUUUUUCCUACUGUAACUGUACUGAAUUUAACUAUUGAGCUAAGAUCCGGACUAAAAUUGUGUAUUACUUACAGUUUCUGCUGGGCCUUCUGCUAUUUUAAUACUCUUUAGCCCAUAAUUUUUGGGUGUCUACGUUCUGAAGAACUAAGUGCUAAAGAAUAAUCCUUGGGGUAAGCUUAUACAUGCAUUAACAGUUAACCCCAGAGUAUUUAACUUGUAUACAGUACUUGAUAGGUGUUUUAUGACAUUUGUACUAGAACUAUGAGCCUUACUGAACAUCUGUAGGUUUAUUCAUGACUUUUAAAAAAUGGAUAACUCUAAGAAAGAUGUUUACAUGAAUGAUGAUUGCCCUUUCUUGAUGUUAUGAAUGAGGUUUUUAUAGUGUGUUUGGGUGUAUGUGCAAGGAAGCAAGAAAAAUGUUUCUGGAGAAAAAUAGACUUGACAAACAUUUGUAAUAAGUGAAUUUUAAAGAUCGCUUUAAUUGCGCUAUGAAGGCAAUGCAGAUAUUAAAAUAUUCAGUUGACCAGAACACUCUCUCUCCUCGUUUUUUAUAUAGCAUGGUUUUGGACAUCCUCUGUUUUCUCCCUCUUGUUCCGUUCAUUUGCUUUGCAACCACAUUUAUUGUAAGGCACAGGGGCAGAAUGUGGCCCACAGUUAACGCCCUUCUAGGUCACGCUAUAUGCAUAGUGAACUAACAGCUGAGCCCUUCUGGCACUGCAUCGUCUUUCUUCUGGCACCUCUGCCAUUUUCAUUGUUCUCUGUUCUCAAUGCAAGUAACACAAGCUUUAGUUGUGCCGCGUACGGAAGGACGUCCUGCUUCUGUAUGCCCAAGUUUCUUUAACGGUAAUAUUUUAAAACGUGUAUGUGCCUUCGUGUGUUUUUUCUCUUGCUGUUGCUAGCCCAGAGGCAGCAGAAAGGCACGCUUAGGCAGCGAGCAGCAGCAGAGCACUUUCCAGCAGGUAACCUGUCGCUGCGGACCCCCGUUGGCUCUUCGCGUCCUGUUGUGUGAGCAGGGAGGAAGGGGCAGCGCUUCGGGGCCUUCCCCACCCUCUCCCAGGGCCUUUCCGGGUAAUUUGGGGCCCCUGCGGGUGUCCGUGCGGGGUGGAGGCAAGCGUAGGCCGCUCCCUCGGGCGUGGAGGGACUUGUGCUCCCUUGUUGUGCCUGGCUGUGGCAUUGCCUAUUGAACUCCCACAGCCCAAAGCGGAAAAGAGUGAGUUCCUAUUACGUAUUUGCUUUAUCGCCCAAUCAAGCAGUGCAGAAGAUGAUACUCAGCUCGGGGACGCUGCGAUGGGCUGGCUUCACGCAGCGUGGCCGUGCUCAAGUUCUAGAUGGGUAUUCCAAUCCUUCGUGCACGCUGUGAAGGCGGAUCACAGCACUUCUUUCCAGUCCCCGUGCGUGUGGAUUCAUGCAUGAGUUAAAACAGAAUGGAUCGCUACCGCUACUUCAUCUUUAACCAGAGGAACAUGGUGGCGCUGGGGCUCUUCCAGAUAGCCUUCAGUACGGUGUGUGUUGUCAGCGGGUUCAUAGAUGGCGUUUUCAGAGCAGAAUCUCUGCUGAGCAAAACCAGAGCACCAAUUUGGGCUGGAAUGGUCAUGGGCGUCCCAGGCGUUCUGGCUUUGUUUUCCUCUCAGAGGAAGAAUCCAGUUCUUGUGAAUGCAGUGAUAGCUGCUUCCAUAAUCUCUUGUGUUACCAUCCUCAUUAUAAUUGUUUAUAGCUCCCUAACUUUGAGCUACGGUGAAGAGGAGGAGUUAAGUCCUGUACCAGUCCAUGCUGUCCAUACAAAGUACGUACUUAAUAAAGUUGUCAAGGGUGCCAACAUAGUAAUGUUAAUUGCAUCUGUCUGCAGUACAUUUGUUGUGUUAGUUAUUGCUUACUUGGGAUGCCGAAGUCUUCCACACUGCUCGUGCUACGACAGCGUAACUGGAAUGGAAUGGUUGCAACCUAGUGAGGACCAAAUUCAGGCUGUGGAAAUGGUUUGUGCUGUACCAAGUCCUGGGAACAGCAUUUUUAAUUCCCCAGUUCAGUUUCCUGCUCAAGACUUGGACACAGAGGAAGACAUAUCCAGACCUCCACCAUACAUCAGAAUGGCUUGAAAAAGCUAUAGAACAUUUUAAAGCUGCGUAUCUAAAAGUGUGGCAAGAUAGAUGUAAGAAGUUCUUCAUCUUUAAAGCUGAUUAUGCACUUUUGCCUUUUAAUAAAACUCACACCGAAAGAGAGCACUCAUGAUGCCCAGUGUUCAGCAAAGACCACAGUGCAAACGGAAAGAUCUGCUAAUAUUUUUGUACUCUUCAGACCCUAAAGAGUUAAAAUAUCUCAUUGCCUCUGGAAAGCAUGAGCUUACUUUCUCCAGCUUUUGUAUUUCUUUCAUGUUUUACUCCAGUAGAAUUCAUCAUGCAGUUUGUCUAGCAGUACUAGUCUUAUGCAUUCAAAUAUUAUUUUUUAAAAGAAACUGGUUGUGGAACAUUCUCCUCCCCCUCAACUACUAUCUUGAUUUCUGCCCCUCCCUUGUUGAAUUAUCUGUCACAAAGGAUCCACUUCAGUAUUCAGUGUCAGUGUACUUUCCCUGUUGCUCUCGGCAGGGAUGGGGCAGGAAACAUUUCUGAUACGAAGCCUUGCCAAUGCCAUCCAAAUACUUCUAUCAAGAUAUGGCAUCAGUGAUGUAUAAGUGUUUAGGUACGCUUAAUUUUAGUGAUGAAGUAUAAUGUUAGAAUAUGGUAACAACUUCAUUUGCAGGAGUUCCCCUUACAGAGUAACUCAGAUACUCUGAAUUUAGUUCUGUUUGGAAUUUGGAGUUUGGAAGUUCAACAUUUUGAUUAUUUUUAGGCCCAUUCUGCUAAACCAGAUUUAGUCAAAGGGCUUUGCACCCAGGGCCUCUGUGUGGACAAACUAGAGCUCUCAUUCAUCUUCCCCUGACUCCUGAAGUGCUUAAAAAUCCCACGUGUGCUUGACGGUUCACUUUCAGGUAGGCUCAGAAGUGCCUACAGCCCUUGAACAGGAAGUGGUAGAUUACUUAUCCCACUACACAGACCAAUACAGCACAUGAAUUUGAACAGGACUUGGGAAGUAAGUUUUCAUCUUGGGAAAGAUGUUACCUGCUAUAACCGGUAGGAUGAGUAAUGUCUGCUCUUAGGCGUGUAACUCCAGGAAUGAUCUCAGAUAAGAAUUAUCUUAUUGCAGCAUAUAAGGUGCCUUUCCUAUUCCCAAGAGGAAUGGGAAUUAAAUUGUUUUUGCGAUCCUUUUUUUCUAGACACCAAAGCCUUUUUCAUACCACUAGUAAAGAAAGACACCCAAACACCUACAUCGAGGCUCUGCAUUCCUCUAUGCAGGCAAAGUGCCAGUCACUCCAAGUUGGUGUUUAUCACAUAUGCACUUAAAAUGCCCCUGGUUCCAACACAGCUUGCUACAGUUAAAUCGUCAGAAUUAGCUUUACUGUAUUUAGUUAAAGUGAGUACAUAUCCUGGUAUACGCGGGUUUGCAAAUCCUGACCAUCUAACAACUUACUUCAUAGGCUUCCCUGGCCACUUGGAGUUGGUCAGGUGCAGAGAUGCAAAGUUAGUUUCUAUUAAAUUGUUUAUAAAACUCUAAGGAGUAAACAGUAUAUCAUCUUUUGCUGUAAUAUUAAGCAAACAAACCCCCCCCAAGCUGCACAUUGAACAACUGCUACUAGACCCUUGCACGGUCCCCUCUGCACAUAAGGUGCUUACCAAGUGUCCCAGUAACUGACUUUAACCCUUAACAGAACAGGAUUAUAAAGAAAGGCACUCAGCUGAGAGCCUAGUUUCUGCUCUGAAUACCAGAGCAACAUAAACUACAUGGCGGAGAUGCAAGGCACCGAACUACAGGAGCCCUGAGCUCCGGCCUCUCUCUGCAGCUUUUCCCCCACUGUGUAACAUCCCUCUCCUUCCACAGGGGCAAUAUCACCUGUGCCUUAGCGGUCAGGAAAAGAGUCAGGUUUAGGGCUGUACUUCCCACUCCCUCCAACCAAAAGUGAGGCCCAGCACCAAGGUAGUCAAAUUCUUUCUGGAUUAGGCUCUAAGCACCUCUGUGCGUUUGCACCAGCUAAAACAUGAGCCACGUAGUUACAGAUGUUCGUUUGAAGACAGGCCAGCAUUUUAAAACCACUUAACCUAACCUGGAGAUAAAACCAAAGACAAUCAAGUUAGGCUUUAUAAAACCUAUUCAGUAUGUAGCCUUUUUUCUUACAGCCUGUUGGAUUUUAUAGCUAUGAGUACCAAAAAACCCCGGUGACUCGGCGAAGAAACGCUCUCUUCAGAGAG